AUGCCUGCAUUGAAGAUCCCCGAUAUCCUCUACAAAGUCCGUCUGGGGUACUGGAAACCGGGGUUCGGUGCGGCGACGCUUACGUUGGAUUGGGCGUGGCCGGAAGCCGACACGAUGAAGACGUUCGCUACGCUGCUCUCUGUGUGCGCUGUCGUCGUGGGCAGUUGCGCGCUCUUUACCCCGCGCGGCGAGGCCGCGGAGGUGUGCACCGGGGCGAAGACGGUAUCGAGCUCGACGGUCAACGUUGGCAGCAAGGCCGUCGCGCUCACGACGUUCUCGUGCGACGCGCAACACGCGUUUGCGCACGCUGACAAUGACCCGACGCCGACGUCCAACGCGCCCGCCGCGCCGGUCCCGACGACCGACGUGUGUGGGGUGAUCUGCAGCAACGUGUGCGGGGACAGCGGGGAGCUGCCGCCGGUCACGGAGGACUGCGCGACGAUCAUGGACGCGAUCACGAUCCUCAACGGCUCUGUCUCGCCGACGUUCGGGGUCGCACCGGGCCAUGCGCAGACGCUGACCUUCGGGACGUGCCGCUUCUUCUUCGAGAACGACUCGCCGCUCCCGAUGAGCAACUGCUGGCUCUCCUUCGGGCAAGCGGCGAGCGCGGCGGCGAGUGCGUGCCUGCCGCCGGUGCAGCCGGUGAACUCGGAGGGGAUAUGUAUCGCUCGGGACGCGACGUGGCGCAUUGGGGUUGCGCACUCUUAAGUGUAUUUUUCGAGGCGCUGCUCAAGCUGUCUAUGGUGAAAGGCAGGGAUCGGACAAGCUAUUUCUUUCUCACUGGGUUUCUGGUUGUGUGUAUGGUUGCUGUAUAUCUUGAGGUUAUUCAAUACACGGGGCAUUUG